UAAAAAUGCAUUUGUCUGCUUGACUGUGUCGUCAUCUUUAUGCGCCUGCUAUCGCUUCUCUCUCCAGGAAGCAGAAUUAACAGGGCAGUUUGGCUUUGCUAAGAAGAAGAAGAAGAAGAAGGGGACACGAUGUCUGGGAGCUUUUAUUACGUCAUGGUUGGUCAUCAGGACAAUCCUGUGUUUGAGAUGGAGUUCCUGCCAGCUGGGAAGGCUGAGUCAAAGGAUGAUCAUCGUCACCUGAACCAGUUCAUUGCACACGCAGCCCUGGAUUUAGUGGAUGAAAACAUGUGGCUGUCCAACAACAUGUACUUGAAAACUGUGGACAAGUUCAACGAGUGGUUUGUUUCUGCCUUCGUCACUGCAGGACAUAUAAGAUUCAUCAUGCUGCAUGAUGUGCGACAAGAGGAUGGAAUCAAAAACUUUUUUAAUGAUGUAUAUGAUUUAUACAUUAAGUUUGCAAUGAAUCCUUUCUAUGAAAUCAACGCACCAAUCCGCUCAACAGCUUUUGAGAGGAAAGUACAGUUUCUUGGAAAGAAACAUCUCCUGAGUUAAUCACUUCACACGCACCAGGAUUUUAAUGCAUCUUGUCUAUUUGUUGUGUAUAUACUGUAUACCUAACACACAUAUUUGGUGUCUGUCUUUCUUUUCCUGUUAAACAAAUGUAAAAUGUAUUCAACACAGAUUUUCUAUAAAACAUGUUCUUGUCUGA